AUGCUAUCAUUGUCGUAUUUCAUUUGUUGUGGUCUUCAAUACUUACUUCAAAACACUCUAUACACCUAUGCCGAAAUUAUAUCAACUCUAGACCAAGAGUUUUCCAAAGAACUAAACGACGAGUUGUCGAAUCUGGGUAUGAAAUCUCAAGUUAGUGACCCUGACUCUAACGCUACGCCCGAUAAGAACUUGGAUUCCAAAAUUAAUAAUAUGGACGACUUUAUUGAAGAACGAGUUGAAAGACUUUAUGUUCUGGAUGAGCAAAUUCAAUCUCACAUUGAUUUACUACCUGAUUCUUCUAUUACUCGUGACGAAAUAAACUCCACAAUUUCUGCUCUUGACAGCGAGUGUGAGAAAAGCGCCAACGAACUUGGACGCUUAUUCACAGAGUACGAUAAGAUUUACAAUAAAUUAAAGGACACAAUCAACCUAAACUAUUCCUAA